AUGACAAAUAGAACAGUGACUUCGGCGCAAGCAGUGCUUGCAGCUGUCUAUAAGCCAGAUAAAGACCACAAAUGGACUUCAGAACUGAACUGGCAACCAGUUGCUGUCCACACUGAUCCCACCAUAGAUUGGGUGUCCACCGGUAUCGACGAUACCUGUAGCGAAUAUGAGAAGUCGUUCUUCGAAUCACCUCAGUACAAGGAAGUUCUUGCGCCGUUCGAUCCGAAAUUAUAG